ACAUACCAUCUACUUCCCAUUAAACUCUUUACCUCUUUUUCUCUCUCCCUAAACCUCUAUCUUAAAUUUUGAGAUCAUUUUAGCAGCAGUCUGAAUAUGGCAAGCUCAGCUAUCCUAAGGGUGUUAUGUGCAGUUAUUGUGUGCAUAAUGGUAAUUGCACCAUAUGCAGAAGCCGCCAUUAACUGUGGUAUGGUCUCUCAGCAUCUUGCACCAUGCAUUGGAUUCCUAGAAAAUGGUCAGGGACCAACAGCAGCUUGCUGUACUGGUGUUAGAGCCCUCAAAACUGAGGCUACCACAACCCAAGACAAAAGAACUGCUUGCAGAUGCAUGAAAUCAGCUGCAACAGCCUUUCCUGCUAUCAACCAAAAGAACGUAGCUGCACUUCCCAACAAAUGUGGAGUCAGCAUUCCAGGAGCUGUUGGCCCCCAAACAGACUGCUCUCAGGUUCAGUAGACCUAAAGUCUCCAGGAGUAGAGCACUUGCAAAACCAAACAUAAACCUAAUUGGGCUCUGAAAUCAUAAGAAAAACAAGUUCACUAGUAUUUCUCUUCAAGUACAGGCUUAGGGAAGCUUAGCUUUCAGCUUUAUCAAGUGAUUGUUACACAUACAUUAUGUAUGUUAUGUAUAUCUUGAGUGCUACAUAUCAUCUUAUAUUCUAUAUUUCUAUGUGACAGAUAGAAAGAAAGAUUAAAUAUUUAAAUAAAAUAUCCUUUUUUUUUUAGUUCUUA